GCUUGCCCGCGCCGGCCAGGGCGCGCGGGUGCGUGUUCGAUUGAAUGCGCAGAGCUGCGGAAUUCUGCAAUCUAGUGCCGGUAGCUGCAGGGUCUCCGUGAUUCUUCGAGCUGCCUCCUCUGGGUGCUUUUAUUGGUAACCGGAUCACUUUGCAAGGCAGCAAAAAGAACAAAGGACUCCUGGCUGAAUUCACUGAUCUACCGGCUUCCUCUUCCGUUUCGCUCGGGCCAGGGCAAGCUACUGUAUAAUCAUCAGUGGGUGAAGCCAUUUGCUUUCCCUGCUGGCUCCGGCUAGCUCAGUCUUCAUUGCACGGCAGCGACAUCUAGAGGUUGAAACAUGGUAUUGCGGCUAAGAAUCAAGUAAAUGAAAAUAAAUAAGAAGCCAGAGUGUUAAUGGUAUUUCGUCAGUCAUUUAGGGAAAAGACUUGGGAUUCACUAAAAAUUAAGACAAAUUGGACGCUUAGCUGCUUUUCCAAUUCGCUGCUGUUCUACUUGAAACUCUUUGUGAUUAAAGAUAACAGUCCAUAGCGUAUUGGUCUUUUUAACUGUUUCAGUAGCUUGAACUUUUUAGAGCAACAAGUGUUUGUUAGAGAAGUGAGUCACAAAGAAGAAAAGAUGAGUAAGAGCAAAGAUGAUGCUCCUCAUGAACUAGAGAGCCAGUUUAUUUUACGCUUACCUCCAGAAUAUGCUGCUAAUGUGAGGAGAGCAGUACAAUCUGGUCAUGUCAACCUGAAGGAUAGAUUGAGCAUUGAGUUACAUCCUGAUGGGCGUCAUGGAAUCGUCAGAGUGGACCGGGUCCCUUUGGCUGCAAAACUGGUAGAUCUGCCUUGUGUUAUGGAAAGUUUGAAGACCAUUGACAAAAAAACCUUUUACAAGACAGCUGAUAUCUGUCAGAUGCUUGUAUGCACGGUUGAUGGUGAUCUCUAUCCUCCUGUGGAGGAACCAGUUGCUACUGCUGAUCCCAAAGCAAGCAAGAAAAAAGAUAAAGAUAAAGAGAAAAAGUUUGUCUGGAACCAUGGAAUUACUUUGCCUCUAAAAAAUGUUAGAAAGAGAAGGUUUCGGAAGACAGCAAAAAAGAAGUAUAUUGAAUCUCCAGAUGUGGAAAAAGAAGUCAAGCGAUUGCUUAGUACAGAUGCAGAAGCUGUCAGUACUAGGUGGGAGAUAAUUGCUGAAGAUGAAACGAAAGAGACAGAAAAUCAAGGACUUGAUAUCUCCUCUCCAGGAAUGUCUGGCCACAGGCAGGGCCAUGACUCAUUAGAACAUGAUGAGCUUCGAGAGAUAUUCAAUGACCUGAGCAGCAGCAGUGAAGAUGAAGAUGAGACACAGCAUCAAGAUGAAGAAGAUGUAAACAUCAUUGACACAGAGGAAGAUCUAGAGAGACAGCUACAGGAUAAGCUAAAUGAGUCAGAUGAACAGCACCAAGAAAAUGAAGGAACCAAUCAGCUGGUUAUUGGAAUUCAGAAACAGAUUGACAACAUGAAAGGCAAGCUCCAAGAGACCCAGGACAGGGCAAAACGACAAGAGGAUCUCAUUAUGAAAGUAGAAAACCUGGCUCUGAAGAACAGGUUUCAGGCUGUGCUAGAUGAACUCAAGCAAAAGGAAGAUAGAGAAAAGGAGCAGCUCAGCUCUUUGCAAGAAGAGCUAGAGUCACUUCUAGAGAAGUGAGAACAUUGAUACUUAAUUUCAGUCCCCAGACUGGUUAGCAU